GGGCGGCGACGCUGACCUGACCCGGCCGCGGCCCCGGCGCCGGCGCGGCCCUCACCCGCCCAUCACGCAGCUGAUGGCCAUGCUACGGCUGGUGACAACCGUGCUGCUGCUGACACCGGCCGUCAUCGCCUCGGGCCACGGCUACUCCUUCCCCAAAGGUCGGCCGCAGCCCUGCUCCAAUGAAGGGGAGAAGGUGGAACUGGGCUUGAUCAAGACAAACCCGUGCAUUACCUGCAAGUGUCAGGGUGGUCUGGUGACCUGCGAUCGGGAGCACUGCCCCAUGACCGAGACGUGUCAUCUGGUCAUGCUGGGACAGAAGAUCAAGCCUGACUCCUGCUGCGAACGCUGUAAAGGAUGUCAGACGGCGGAUGGCUCCUACAAGGAGGGAGACGAGUGGAGAGACCCGGCAGAGCCCUGUCUUGUCAGUCACUGCUUCAGCGGAGUCAUCACGCGCUCCAAGGUCAAGGUCAGCAGAGCGCACUGUCAGACUGUCCACAAGCACACCCCCUGCAGCCACCCGCUACCCGCCGGCGCCCGGGCAGUGCUGCCCGCGCUGCCGGACUGCCAGCUGUCCGGGGCAGUGGCCGGGGCGGGUCGGAACGUGACGUUGCCGGACGACCCGUGCGUGGCCUGCCGCUGCGGCAAAGACGGCACGCAGAGCUGCACGCGCCGCGGUCUGCCCCGCGCCUCUCCUGCGUGA